AUUUGGCGAAAGGCAUUUCCUCGUUGAGGUCAUCAUCAUCACAUUGACUGACCGCAUAACAACAAUGAAUCGAAAUCUUCUUUGUAUUCACUGUUUGCGGAGAAGCUUUAGCACCACACCACAGGUCUACGUGCAGAAACCACGCUUAUGGCCUGCCAAGCGAAGCAGACGGCCAUUUGAUGAACGAUAUCCCGUGUCUGCCAAACACGUGAACGAUAAGAGACUAGGUGGAAGCAAAGAACUGGCCAAGAAAAUGGCCCUGCAUUAUGUUCAGCCAACAGGGUUUGUCCAUAUGAAAUACAAACGCUUUUUUCGAGUAAAGGAAAUGACUCCUGAACUUGUUGUACCCGAUCUCACCGACUGCCAGCUGAAGCCAUAUGUGCCUUAUGACACAAAAGCUAUCACGCAGGAGAAGUUCACGGCGCAGGAUCUCUUCAAUACUUGUUAUGCCAAGGACAUCAGCGAGAAAUUCAAGGAGGGGGAAUAUGUUGUGGAAAAUGACGAACUUGUCAAAAAGCCCUCAUCGUCCUGAUCAUUAAAUAUGGAUGGUUUCCAUAUGUCUCCUGUCGUAGCGCGGGGUAUAAAUGUUCGCUGUAACUGAAUCAGACAGGCGUCACGAUAACCAUCAAGGUGUAUCUAUGACGUCAUCACAUGACCUUUGACCAGCAGGAAUCAUGUCCAUAUCGUGUGUCUGUGACUUGGUUGUUUUUGUUUUUUUAGGGUUUUUUGUUGUUGUUGGUACAUUGUACACAAUGCUGACUUUAUGAAGUAUGCGAAUAAAUUUGAUUUUCUGGGA